AACGGGAAAAGCAACCUUCACGCGUCCACCCCAUGGUCCUGCCCCUUUCUCCUCCGGUAUCCGACAAAGCGGUCUUCAGCCUCCGGGAGGCAGGUUCUCGUCGAUCCAGUGACUUCCAGCCGUUGUCGGUGCCUCCGUGUCUGUCAGGCCCUGCUGUUGACUACAGAGGAAUUCUACCUCUGGAUCUGAGUUAAAACAUUUACGAUAAUGCCCACAAUAAAAUUACAGAGCUCCGAUGGGGAAAUCUUCGAGGUGGAUGUUGAGAUAGCCAAACAGUCUGUCACCAUCAAGACGAUGUUAGAAGAUUUGGGAAUGGAUGAUGAAGGAGAUGAUGACCCAGUUCCCCUCCCUAAUGUUAACGCUGCCAUCCUCAAGAAGGUGAUUCAGUGGUGCACCCAUCACAAAGAUGACCCUCCUCCCCCUGAGGAUGAUGAGAACAAGGAGAAGAGGACGGAUGACAUUCCUGUAUGGGACCAGGAGUUCCUCAAAGUGGACCAAGGCACCUUGUUUGAACUCAUUCUGGCCGCCAACUAUUUGGACAUCAAAGGUCUGUUAGAUGUCACCUGCAAGACGGUGGCCAACAUGAUUAAAGGCAAAACCCCGGAGGAGAUCAGGAAGACUUUCAACAUCAAAAAUGAUUUCACAGAGGAAGAAGAAGCCCAGGUACGCAAAGAGAACCAGUGGUGUGAAGAGAAGUAAAGGGGACGGUCCUGCCAACACUACCACACUGAAAAGGAAUUGUCUCUGCUAACUGGUUGCACUGGCAUUGUUCAUACUUGUCAAUAUUUACAUUUAGUAUAUUUAGAGCCACACACACCCCCCCCCCCCCCUUCCCUCCCCUCAAUUUCUGUAUACCAAUAUGAGCAUUUUAACUUGCCUGUGUGUUAUUAAUUUAAACCAAGAAGCUCUUUUCUGUUUCCACAGACAUGUUGUGUAUUCACAUAAACAAAUAGUCCUGGUUUCACGGCUUUGUACCCUUAAGGAUUAGAAGAAGUUUCCCUAUUAUUAAUUGCUAUGGUUGUCUUUUUUACUGGACAUGUUUUGUUUUUCUUUUAGGGUUAAUUGAUUUAAAUAAAAUGGCUUUUUUGACAAUGGA